AUGCCUUAUAUCCCGCUCCUCGGACGGCUCACCGCCCGCGAGUACACCGCAAUAUUCGUCGGCGCGUUGAUGGUCGUCCUAGAGACCCUGUUGACCACGAUCAUAGCAUUCCUGCCAAAGUCUGUCAUCCAAUGGUUCUAUAAUCGCUCGCGCUCUCUCUUCCAUCUCUGUGUCGGCCCGCCCAUUCCCAAGUCGGGGCAGCAGCAGCUGGCAGACCGUAUCCGGCGUGCGUCGGACUUCGAGCGGCUGUGUGAGAUCUUCGGCUAUGCUUUCGAGGAGCAUGUUGUGCUCACCAAGGACGGGUAUCUGCUUGGACUGCAUCGGUUGCAUCUGCGGCGAGGCGAGCGCUGCACGCGCAGUGGGGCAGCGAUGAACAAGCCAGUUGUGUAUCUCCACCAUGGGCUGCUCAUGAAUUCGGAGGUCUGGGUGUGCCUGACGGACCCGUCACGCAGCGUUGCGUUCACGCUGGCCGACCGCGGGUUCGAUGUGUGGCUGGGGAACAACCGCGGGAACAAAUACUCGCGCAAGAAUAUACACCACAAUCCGAACUCGACACGAUUCUGGGACUUCAGCAUCGACGACUAUGCGUGGCACGACAUCCCGGACAGCAUCGAGUACAUCCUUCGGGUGACGCGCGAGCCGAGCGUGUCGUAUGUCGGGUUCAGCCAGGGCACUGCCCAGGCAUUCGCGGCGCUGAGCAUCCACCCGCAGCUGAAUGAAAAGGUGAACGUGUUCAUCGCGCUGGCACCGGCGAUCUCUCCUGCGGGUCUGGCUGUGCCGAUUGUGGACGGACUGAUGAAGGCGAGCCCGACACUGCUGUUCCUGAUCUUCGGGCGGAGGGCUAUCAUGUCGUCUGUGCCCGCGUGGAAUGCGCUGCUCUACCCUCCUGUGUUCAGUGCUGCGAUCACGCUGUCGAUGCGCUUUCUGUUUGGCUGGCGGUCCCGGCGGAUCACGCAUUUGCAGCGUCUGGCGGCGUACUCGCACCUGUACUCGUACGCGUCGACGAAGGCGGUGGUGCACUGGUUUCAGAUCAUGCGGAAUGCAAAGUUCCAGAUGUACGACGACGAUGUGCAGCGUGUGAUCCGUGUCGGGGUGACGAGCUACGCGCCAGCACGGUUCCCGACACGCAACAUCACGACGCCAAUCGUGCUGCUGUAUGGCGACGAGGACUCUCUGGCGGACAUCGAUGUGAUGCGGAGGGAGCUUCCGGACCAUACGGAGGCGUAUCGGCUGCACGGGUACGAGCACCUGGAUGUGCUGUGGGGCGAGGAUGUGGACAAGGAUGUCAUCCCACUCGUGCUGGGCUCGCUGUUGAAGUACUGUGUUGGUGCGGAGAGGGUGGGGCAAGAGAUGGGAGAGGGAGAGAAGAUGUACCUGACUGUAAAUGGAGUGGACAGCGACGCGGUGGAUACUGUGUCCGAGACGACAUCUAUGUACGGGGGCGAAUGA